AAGGGAAUGAAUGAACGAAUCGUAUGCGGAAGUUUUUUGGUAUUCGAUGAUUUCUCAUUACCAAGCGCCUAAGAUCUUCCAAAAAUGACUAAAUCAAAGACGGCAAAGAAAGAGAAGAUGAGUGUGGCAAGUGAGAUUGACCGCAUGGAGGAGCGCAAAUUACACUGUAAAAACAACCUGGAGAGGGCGGAGUUUAGACAGAGAAAAGAGCAACUCUCAGACCACGACAGACAGGCCCUGGAAGAUGAAAUGACCAUAAUGAAUGAAAGAAUACAGAAAUACGAAGACGACUUGCAGAUGCUGAGAGGAGAGAACAGGAGGAACAUGAUGCUGUCCGUUGCUCUGUUAGCCAUCAGCGCUCUUUUCUACUACACAUUCAUACACUAAAGAGAAUUAUUCUACUAAAUAUAUUGACUGAGAAUGAACUAUGGGGGUUUGAAAUCCAGUCGAAACCAUAAUCACCCACUUGCCAUUCUCUAGCUGGCAACAUUGGUUCAGAGGUUGUGUCAGUGUCACUUUAUCCAUGAAUACAACAUGCCAUAUUCAGCUUGGCUAUGAUGUGGAUUGCUUGAAUACUGCUGUCUUUGUGCUGUGAAGCAACAUAUGCUUGUAUCAUCCAUAAGAGAGAGUGACAGAUCAGGAUGUUUUAUGCAUUUGCCAACAAUCUUUACGAAGAUGUGUUUGAAAGUUCCUGUAACUACUACAUGCAGGUCAAAAUACAGUAUAUUACAUAUAUGUCAUCAUUGCAUUGCCAAAGUGAACGUGUAAAGCUAAAUUUAUGUGAAUUAUCACACUGAAUGUAUGACACUUUCCCCAAAGAUUACUCACUGACUUCUCUGUCCAGCUCACUGUUUAUUGCAUUUCAACAGGACUAACAUGCACAAGAUUGGGGUGGAACAGCGGGUGUAAUUCCAUCAAAAAAGAAAAAAAAAACAAUUAUCAACCAAAUGUUCAGAUUAAAUAAUAAAAAAACAACCAUUAAUAAAAUGCAAUAAUGUUCCAA